AACUACUGCUGCUGUUGCUGCUGCUGCUGCAUCGACCUUGGCUAGCUCGGGAUGGCAGGGAAAGCGUGGAGGUCAGCGAUUCUUAAUCUGCUAGGAAAGUUGGGUUUAUCCAUCAAUGGCAAGGAUAAAAUCAAACCACAGGAAGUGUCACGGGUAGUCAGCGCUUUUAAGAAUGCGACUCCACAAUCCAGAACUUUCACCCAGGGGAUGCAAACUGUUACUUUAAUCCCUGGUGAUGGAAUUGGCCCAGAGAUCUCUGUUGCUGUCAUGAAGAUUUUUGAAGCAGCUAAAGCACCUAUUCAGUGGGAAGAAAGAAAUGUGACAGCCAUUAAAGGACCUGGUGGCAAAUGGAUGAUUCCUCCAGAUGCUAAAGAAUCGAUGGACAAGAACAAAAUUGGCCUGAAAGGUCCUUUGAAGACACCAAUAGCUGCUGGCCAUCCCUCCAUGAACCUGCUGCUGAGGAAAACUUUUGACCUUUAUGCUAAUGUGCGUCCCUGUGUGUCAAUUGAGGGCUACAAAACGCCCUACACUGAUGUGAACCUGGUGACCAUCAGGGAAAACACUGAGGGAGAAUACAGUGGGAUUGAACAUGUGAUUGUUGAUGGAGUCGUGCAGAGUAUUAAGCUCAUCACUGAACAAGCCAGCCAACGCAUCGCAGAGUAUGCUUUUGAAUACGCCAGAAAUAAUCAGAGGGCAAGUGUUACUGCCGUUCAUAAGGCGAACAUCAUGCGCAUGUCGGAUGGACUUUUCCUACGAAAGUGCAGAGAAGCUGCAGAGAAGCACAGAGAUGUGAAAUUCACUGAGAUGUACCUGGAUACUGUGUGCCUUAAUAUGGUACAGGAUCCCACACAGUUUGAUGUACUGGUGAUGCCAAACUUGUAUGGAGACAUUUUGAGUGAUCUUUGUGCUGGAUUAAUCGGGGGUCUUGGAGUGACUCCAAGUGGAAACAUUGGUGCUAAUGGUGUGGCCAUAUUUGAGUCGGUUCAUGGAACUGCCCCAGAUAUAGCAGGGAAGGACAUGGCCAACCCUACUGCCUUGCUGCUCAGUGCAGUCAUGAUGCUGCGGCACAUGGGCCUACAUGGCCACGCCAAGAAGAUUGAAGCUGCCUGUUUUGACACAAUUCGAGAUGAAAAGGUUCGAACACAAGAUCUGGGAGGAAACUCAAAGUGCUCGGAAUUCACAGACGCAAUAUGUCAAAGAGUGCGGGACAUGGACUAGAAGGACGCUAGUGAAGCCAUAAAUUUAUUGGUAGGGUUUGAAUUACUUAACUUCAUCAUGUCUUAUUGUAUCAGCACAUUUUACCAAAAUAUGUAUUUUAAAAAAAGACUCAGGAGAUCCUGAAUGUUUUAUUUUUCUCUUUGCACACUCCAAAGCACUGUCUUAAAGCAUUCGAUCAACAGUUUCUGUGUAUGUGAUGUGUGAUGGUACUGAAAUGGUUAACUUCUAGUGAAUAUUAUCUAUUUAUUGGGUGACUGUAACCUUUAAUGUAUUUGAUAGUUAUUUUAAAAUGUACUUCCUAUGAUCACUUGACAAGCAAUCAUUCAUCAACAAGCCAAACUCUUUCAGUCAUGUUUGUGGAUAUGCUUCGUAUUUAUGUGGUUACAAAAGAUGAGUUCAAACAUAAUCAAGCUUCUGUAACAUAAAACUUGCAGACAUUUUGCACUUCUUUUCAUUACAAGCUGUUUUUCUUUAUGCAGUAUCACGAAUGUAUAAAGUAAAAUGGAUAUUACAGUGACUUCAGAAAUGACAGACCUUUUAUUCAGUGUGAUGCAGAUGACUCUGGUGUCAUAGGACCUCUGUGCAGCUAUGAUUGAGUAUUUGUAAAAGUUGCAUCCAUGUCUUCAUGAAUUUUUAUCCAAAGUGAUAAAAACACACACACACACUGAAUACUGAAAUAUCUGCAGAAAAUGUCGGAUAAUUUCAUGUCAUGCAUGGUUUUAAAAAGUAAAUAUGAAGUGUUGGUCAGAGAUAAAUAUGAAUUGAAGACCAGUAUUUCAACCAAUGAAAAGAUGCAUUAAAAUGGUGUGGCUUUCUAAAAUGUCUAGCAUUAUAAUAAAAAGUAUUAUUCACAAUUUAAAAUAUCAUUAAAUAAAAGUACUAAAUAAAA